CAUUACGGAAGGAUCAAUGAUUACUGUGCAACAACAACAAGCAAUGCAUCAAAUGAUGCAAUCACCAAGAUUACAGCAACAGACUCAAUCACCGGGAUCACAACCACCACCCCAAUCUCCACGAUCACACCAAGUACAGUCUCUACCACAAUCACCCCGAUCUCAUCAGUUACAACCUUUAUCUCAAUCACCCCAAUUACAACAUCCAUCUCAAUCACCUCAAUCACAACCGCCACAUAUAAAUUCACAUGUAAUUAAUUCUUCAAUGGAAAUUGAUACAGUGCAAACAACACCAUCGACAAUUAUCCCAAAACCUAUUACAGAUGGUAUAUCAACUUCAUUGAGUGGUAUGCAUCGACAAAUUACGCCAAUAGCACCAGCAAGCCAAAGUGGUCUUCCGUCGCCACUACAGCAGAAUUUGUCAGUCGCAAAUAAAUUACAACUUUCAGGGGUAAAAAUGCAUACAAUACCUAAUUUAGGGAUGAAUUUACCAGAAACACCAGCAUCUUUGGCACUGGCAGAACCAGAAGAAACGGAUAAACAUCCUUUAUCAAAACGCAAAAUUCAACAACUAGUUGACCAAAUAGAUCCAAAAGAGAGGCUAGAACCAGAAAUGUUAUUAGAAAUAGCAGAUGAAUUCAUCACUUCUGUAAGCUCUUUUGCGUGUCUUUUGGCUAAACAUCGAAAAUCGGAUACUCUAGAGGUUAAAGACCUUCAACUCCACUUAG